ACGCUAAUCAUCAUACGUCGAAGUAGGAUGCCUGGCAACUGCUGAAGAAAUUACUAGAUUGUAGUAAUAGCGCUGGAAAACUGAACAAAGGAAAAGUCAUGAGCAUAAAAAACAAAGAUGGCAUUAACAAAUCAGUUGAUGCAAAGAGAACAGAGUACGGUUCACAGCUUGUUACUAAGCGGAGAGAUCUGAAAAGUCACUUCUGCAAGUUUGACCCAAGAUUUGAAGACAGCACCUACCUCAUGACAGGUCAUGCGAGGUCAAGGUUGAAAGGUUACUUGAGGACAUUCGCGUACAUGAUCACGUGUGGGUUGCUUCUGGUCAUCGGAGGUGGGGCGUUUUUUAUACACGAAAGUGUGGCCAUGAAGAAUCAUAAGCACUCCAAUAGUUGGGAGGGAAAGGUCACGCAUCAACGGUCGUCUGAAGAGAGCAGUUAUACAAGUUCAACGAAGAAUGUAAACCACACGGCCCCAAAAGACUACGAGGCAAUCUUUACUGCUUCGUAUGCAAAGGAGUUAAAAAUAGUAGGAUUCAUUUUUCUUGGAGUUGGAACUCUUUUUGUGUUAAUUGGGACUCCUCUUGCGUACCAAUUUUGGAAGAGGUAUCAACGAGCUAAAGAAAUCGAAAGAUGCCCAAUGUUAAACCAGAAGUACCAGGAUCAGUUAAACAAAGAUUAUUACGGUUCUCCUCAAAGGGCUGGACUCAUAGACAAACAAACUGAAGACACAGAUGAGGCGAAACCUUCCGAAUACAUAAACUCACCCAUUAAAGCUAAACCAAAGAAAUGUUUCUGGGAUUUCCGAAGACAACGCAGUGUACAUGAAGACAGCUUCAGAAUUGCUGCUCACCAUCAUCCUUCGUUUAAUCUAGUUCCAAUCGAGAGUUUGGCAACUUUGGGUCGCGAGGUGACAGACCAACGUUCUGACACCGAAUCCGAAGAGGAGAAGCAACUAUCUGUCGAACCGAACACACCAGUAGAGAAGACUGGCAGUAGCAAACGAGGAACCUUUUUUCAAUGCCUUUUCAGCCUCGAGAACAGCAAUGACGUAACUGUGUAUGACGUCACGAAUAGUGGUGUUGAUAACGAUCGUGUGGAUCUGUUGGAUGAACAAAGCGUUAACUUAGAAGAAAAUAAUGAAACAGAGACGAGUUCAUCCCAAGCGAGCAGUCCUUUAGUUUCCGAAGACUCGGCACAUUGACUGAGUUAUCGAUUAUAAAUAUGGUGGGGUGGGGGAAGACGGGACACCUUUAGCACAUGAUGCCUAGAUGUCCUAAUCAUGUUUUAUACAAUAAACAACAGUAGGCCUAUAUGGUAGUCGCAUGAACACGGUUUUAUAAUUCUUUGAAUGUUUCUUGUUUACUACCAAAUCGGACAAAAAAAUAGAAUGAAAAGGUGCCACAUCUUCCCCCACACUCUUACUUCUACAUUGAAAGUACAUGCGCUUUAUAGCAAAAUUAUCAUUUACAACUAAUCGUUUGUAGAACUCGUGUAUAUUUUUAAACACAGAACGAAUGCAACAAUGUUUUAAGAAAUCAGAAUACUGGAAAACUUUGUCAUGUACAAAUACAUUAGCAACGCGCUGUUGUUCAAUUGCAGAAC